AUGAAAAAGUCAAUCAAACGCGAGAAAACUAAACCGUCCGCAGCCCUGGAUCUUUUUUGUGAUCUGCCAUCGCACUUUAAACGUUUCUUAAAUUUUUCAGAUGUUCGAAGUUUUCUGAGUUUGACAGUAAAGAAAGGCCACACUUCUCUGAAGCGCAAUGUACAAGGCUUGAAUUGGUUGGCCGAAAAUCACGCAAAAACUCUGGACGCGGUGCACACCGCAAAUGAUUUGGAAUCACGUGUACGGCAAACACCUGAUUCAAGUUCACUGUUUCCCUAGCCUGCGAACAGCAGACGCAUUUCUGGUCGUCGCUUUUUCGGAGGGAGAGAAGCGACGACCGGAAAUGCGUCUGCUGUUCGCAGGCUACGGUUUCCCAUAUUAAGAGAUGAAAAGAUAAAACGUGUACAAAAUAAUUCUUAUAGAUGAAGUAGAGAUUUAACUUCUUACUUUUAUGUAGUCGUAGUGAUCACUAAACAGCAAGUAAAGGAAAAACGUAAAUGUGAUUCUAAAUCUGUUUUUUAAAAAAGUUGUCAGUGAAAAUGGAGGUUGUCGUAGAGAGCUUCAUUUAGCCCGCAUUUCCACACCCACAAAUUUAAAAAAACCCAGUUCUUUCCUGUUCCUUAAUUCGUCAGCCGAACACAACAAAGUUUACAUUUGUUUAUCUAGCACAGCUUGAGUUCUCUCCAAAGAUUUCUUUUUGUUCUGUUUUGACUGAAUGUGUGAUCAGUUUGCGUGACCUUAUAGGUCAAUGACGACGUCAUAAUACACCUAAUGUAUUCACGUACAGGGAAUGUUAUUUAUAGUGUAUCAAGGAAAAAGAAAGAUGAAUACUUUUGUUGUCCAGAUCCUGUCCGUUUUUGUUCUUCUUUCGGGAGUAUCAGGUGAGAAAUAUCUUGAAAGAACGCAAGAUGAGAUUACAAACAUAAACAGCUAUCUGACUUAUUUGAGUGGUUAUGCGCUAUGGUAUUCCGUAUAGCGGUAGAAUCGAUGAUUUAUUCGAAUUAUAUCUCGCUAACAUUUCUUUCUUUUGGUACUGAUUGUUUCUUCAUUGCGAAAUAAGAUUUUGAAUAAUCUUCAGUUCGUUUCGGUCGACAGUACAUAUACUUUUCUAUGUUUUGCUUCUCUGUUGGAUCCGAUAUGUCAAAUUUGAGAGAUUGAGGAUAUGCAUCCAUUAGUAUUGACAUGUCAUACAGGUAAGCCGAAUUUUUAAAGACGACACGUUUUUGCUAAACAAUCUAGCUAUUCAUAAUCUCGUCAACAUUUACUUUAGUUUGUAAGCUUCAAUUCUCUACUUUGGCAUUAAAAAAUUGUUUGAAAAAGAACUUGAAAUGUAUACGAAAGCACAUUCAUUUUAGAUUCGACUUCCUUCAUCUUCACAAGUUCCUGUUUCGUCGGUUUCGUCUGUAAUCAUUCGUAGCAGAAUGUGCUAGAGAAUCGAGUUUUUGGGAUCAUUCCCCAUAAGCAAGUCCGUCCAUCCAAUGGAUGGAAGUGAUGUUCCUAUUUCUUUGCUUGCGUCGCUGUGUACUUAUGCAGAAAAAAUUCUAAAGCCAUUAAAACAACAAAGACUGAUAAUUGGAGGUGAAUUGGCAUCAGACAUUACAGCUUAUUUUGGACCCCAUGCAGUCCCGGGGGUGGGGGGUGGGGGGUGGGGUAGUGUGGGAGUUGCUCGUAAGGUCUCUCCUAAUUGGUCCGGCCUGGGUAACUGUUUAUCAAAACUUGACGAAACAAGUGUUAAUUUAUGGUUGUACAAUGUAGGCUAAAAGGGGCAUGUGAUGAUCAUUCAAUAGUCAAGCUAUACAAGUGAAUGUAGUUAGCAAUUCUGGUAACAUCAACGUUUUAAUUAUAGUGAGGAACAGCUGCCAUUAGUUUGUUCACGAUAAGCUUUUUUUCCAUUUUUUUUUUUUUUUGCCUUCUAUCUUGCAAACAACAAAAAAAGCUACAAUGCUCGAAAUUGAAAGGAACUUCAAAAAAAUUUUUUUUCCAAGAUUAGUUUAGAGAUAAAAAUAACCAGAUUUCAGGAAUAUUUACGGGCCCGUUUUUCGGAUCACAGACCAAAUUAGACUCCACUCUCAUUAUUUUUUGUGGGCUUCCUGUUAAUUAUAGGCUUUAGUUGAGUGAAGUUUCACGUUAAAACAAGUAUUUAGUAUCAUUCCCUCUUGUACUUUUAAUUACUUAUAACUUACAUUCUGACUAUGACCAGGUUUUACCUAAAAUCAUAGUUUUUAUCAUUGUUUUCCUUAUAACUUAACAGGUGUUAGACAUGGUGGUGACCAGGCCAACGAUACCUCUCCGGACAUUUCUAACGAGAAGUGUCCACUGCAAUUAAAUACUAAACUUCCCGGCGUGAAUUGUUCACUUCCCGACGACUACUUCUGUGGGCAGAUCACUUGCUCAGCUCUCUUCAGCCACUUGGAUAUCAAGUUGACCAUUGAAAUUUUCCAAAUAGAUGACUGGCCAAGUAAGCGGAUUUCGGCUUAUAUCAGUUUGUCUGUUCCUGACCGACUGACAUGGUCGCACUCAUUCUCGGAUGGAGAAACGUUUAAGGUUCCUGGGUUCCCCCUGAAAGUGGAAGGUUUUGAGGGAGCUGAUGUGUUUUUGCAUGUCUCCCUAAAGAAAGAAAAUCGCACCAUCUAUUUCAAGGUAAGCAUGACUGAGUAUAAGGGCGGUUUCCUGCGCGUUAGAAACUUUUCGUCGGGUGCGCGGGAUAUUUGGUAGUGAAAACGUUAUGUUGUAAACCCCUUUCCCACCCCCCCGCGAACAUAACUUCUUUAGCCCUGAUGCCCACCCCAAUGGUCACAAUUUCUACUCUUUCCCAAUCUUCUUCUUCAAUCGAAAUUUGCAGUCAUUUGAGUGAAGAGGGGUCAAAAAAGCCGUUUUGUGAGCCCGAGAAGCUCGAAAAUCACACCAACCAAGGAAAGAGAAAGGAAAAGAAAGGAAGAGCGAGGAGAAAGAAAGGAGCAAUGGUUGCACACUUAUAAACAUCGCAUUUCACAUCUGUCAAAUUUAAUUCAGGUGUUGAAUGCGUAGGAAGUUCGGCGUUUAACUGAAAUUAAAUUCGACAACGCGACUUCCGUCGCAUCUUCGACUGAGCCAGUCAAAUCUCGACAGAAGUUCAACCGUUGUCUUUUGAGCCGCAUCAAAUUUUUAAAUCAUGUUUGAUUCAUUAUAACCCAUAAUUCUCAAUUUUUUCCGAACUCUAUAAAAACUCGCUGAUGAUUCGACGUCGAAAAUGGCGGAGUAACUUAUUUAAGUAGAACCAAAUAGGUAUCAGACUUGGCAUAUGUGAAAUUGGACGUUUAAACCGGGCCUAAUGAGAUACUAUUUGCACAAUUAAACCUCCAAUUUAAACUCUAAAGUUUCUUGCAAAGUUCGUUAAAAAGUAGUUAUAACUAUUUAAAAAUUGUCCAAAAUAUGUAAAGAAAUCAACACUUCAAACAAUUCGAGUCAACAUUCUUUAAUUUACUUUAUUCUAGUAAUUCUAGCAUCUUCGGGAAUUAAACGUCAUCCCAUUCCAUUCCGAUAAUUCCUCGGGGAUCAUUUCGGGUCGCAUGUGAAAAAAUUUGGGGAUCAUUUGGGAUCGGGGAUCACUUCGGGUCGUGUUUAGGUCGAUUUUGGGGAUCAUUUGGGGUCGGGGAUCAUUUCGGGUCGCGUACAGAUCUAGAAUUUUCGUACCAUUUGUUGUAAAAUUUAUUGCUUGCCUGCCUCUCCUAGGAUUUUCGAACAUCUAAAAAAUGGUAUAACUGCCAUUUUUAACGGAUUUUUAUCCUGGAGAGGUCACCUAGAAUUUUCGGGAGCCUUUUCUCUGGCUGAAAUUUUCGAAAACGUAAGUUUUGAUCCCCAUCAUUUCGGAGGCUCGACUCUAGGUCCUCUCCAUGAUUUUUGCUCUAUGUGAACGACUUACCAAACUGUGUCGACAAACUUUCGAUGUGGAGCUUUGCUGAUGACACCAAUUUAUUUUACUCUGGCGACAACUUAAAACAGCUUGAAUUCAUAAUGAAUUGAGAGCUUAAACAAAUUUAUAAUUGCUGUGCUCUAAAUAAGUUAUCUAUUAACACUGCAAAGACCAAUUACAUGUUAGUCUCAUCAUCUACGUUCCACUCAAAGUUAAAUAUCACUGGCAUUGAACAGAAAGAUUAAAGUAUAAAGUACUUGCACACACUUAAAAUUAAAGUGUAACAACACUUAAAAUUAAAGUGUAACAUUACUCCAAAAAAAAGUGUAAAAUCUUUGCCAGCCCCGGCAGCCUUUUUUUUCUGUGUAUUAUUACACAGUUUAUAUUAGUGUAAUUUAACACACAACUAGAGGUUAUGUUUACACACCAAUCAGUGUAAUGUGAGUGGUUUACACUUUGGUCAAGUGUAAAAUUGCAGUUCUUAUAAGUGUAAUAAAAUACUAAUAGAACAGUAAUAUUACACCGAAUGAUAGUGUAGUAGCUUUGCCAGCCCCGGCAGCCUUUUUUUUGUGUGUAUUAUAACACAUUUUAUAAUAGUGUAAUUUAACACCCAACUAGAGGUUAUAUUUACACACCAAUCAGUGUAAUGUGAGUGGCUUACACUUUUGUCAAGUGUAAAAUUGCAGUUCUUAUAAGUGUAAUAAAAUACUAAUAGAACAGUAAUAUUACACCAAAUGAUAGUGUAGUAGCUUUGCCAGCCCCGGCAGCCUUUUUUUUGUGUGUAUUAUUACACAUUGUCCAAUAGUGUAAUUUGACACGCAACCAGAAGGUUCAUUUACACACCAAACAGUGUAACUGUGAAUGGUUUACACCUUGGUCAAGUGUAAAAUUGCACUUCCCAUAGGGGUAAUAAAACAUUAACAGAAAAGUAAUAUUACAUCAAUUUAUAGUAUUAGGCAAAAAAAUUACGCAUUUGAAAAAUAUAGGAAAUCACAUUUUUAAUCACUGAAUAAUCAGCUAGACUUCUAACAAAUAAGUAAAAAUGAAAGGUCAAGUGUGCAAGCCAUGGUGUGUACUGUCUAACUGCUUAGGAGUGAUGCGUACUGUCCUAUCACAAAUCAGUGCUUAGGGCAGAGCCGGAGGAGGUUCAAUGUUUGAGCUGCAAGGUGGUACCCGGGAAAGAUAGUUAGCAGGACCUCUUCCUCUCCAAUUAUUAGUAUUUUUACAGUCAUGUUGUAAUGCCUUUCCCACAGUAAAAAUGGAUGGCAGUGCAUCUGUUUUGUUUCCUCUAGAUAUUGUCCUCUUGUGGCUGCAACCUGCGUGACAAAUGAAAUUGAAAAAAAAAAAAAGACUUGUUUUAGUCGAUAUUAAAGUGUUCUUAAUUUAUUGUAUCGGUCAUGAGGGUUGAAAAUAGGACCGAGUGUUUUAGAGUUCCUUCUAAUUGAACUAACACAAUAAUGCUCUCUUGACCAACAUGGUUAAGGUAAACUACUUAAAUUAAAUUUCAUUCACAAAAUAAUCACAUAUUAGGUUUAAGAUGUAAAAAGGUUUUUUCUCUAGAGUCUUAGCAAUCAAGUACAUUUUUCCUCCUCUACAAAACAAAACACAGCUUCAGAUAUUCAAUUCAGAUAUCAAAUCACAAAUUAAAAUAACUCAAAACAUGUGUUAUUCCAAUCCAUGACCCCCAGUAACACUAUAGGCGGGCCAAACCACCUGACUGAGUCAUUAGUCAAAGGCGGGCAUGAAAAUUACCACCUUGCAUAUAUAACUACCUGGCCGGUGGACCAGAGCCAUGAUGAAAACAAACCACACUAUUAGACUUUAUAACUUGGUAUGGAAACAAAAGCUUGACUGGUAUACAAUUCAGAUAUCCGAUCACAAAAUUACUCAAAAAACAUGUUUUAUUCCAAUCAAUGACCCCCAGUAACAGGCGGGCAAAACCACCUGACUGAGUCGUUAGUCAAAGGCGGGCAUAACCACCUUACAUAACUGCCUGGUCGGAGGACCAGGGCCAUGAUGAAAACAAAACACACCAUUAGACUUUAUAACUUGGUAUCGAAACAAAAGCUUCACUGGUAUACAAUUCAGAUAUCCGAUCACAAAAUUACUCAAAAAACAUGUUUUAUUCCAAUCCAUGACCCCCAGUAACAGGCGGGCAAAACCACCUGACUGAGUCGUUAGUCAAAGGCGGGCAUAACCACCUUACAUAACUGCCUGGUCGGAGGACCAGGGCCAUAAUGAAAACAAAACACACUAUAAGACUUUAUAACUUGGUAUCGAAACAAAAGCUUCACUAUACAAUUCAGAUAUCCGAUCACAAAAUUACUCAAAAAACAUGUUUUAGUCCAAUCAAUGACCCCCAGUAACAGGCGGGCAAAACCACCUGACUGAGUCGUUAGUCAAAGGCGGCAUAAUCACCUUACAUAACUGCCUGGCCGGAGGACCAGGGCCAUGAUGAAAACAAAACACACUAUAAGAUUAUUUUUAUAACUUGGUAUCAAAACGAAAGCUUCACUAUACAAUAUUAUUCAGAUAUCCGAUCACAAAAUUACUCAAAAAACAUGUUUUAGUCCAAUCCAUGACCCCCAGUAACAGGCGGGCAAAACCACCUGACUGAGUCGUUAGUCAAAGGCGGACAAAACCACCUUACAUAACUGCCUGGCGGGUGGACCAGGGCCAUGAUGAAAACAAAACACAGCUAUACCACUUUAUAACUUGGUAUUGAAACGAAAGCUUCAGAUUCAAUUCAGAUAUCUGAUCACAAAAUUACUCGAAAAACACGUUUUAUUCCAAUCCAUGAGUCCCCUGGAAACAAGCAGGCAAAACCACCUCACAUAACCACCUGGCCGGUGGACCAGGGCCAUGAUGAAAACAAAACACAGGUAAAGUAAUGAAAAUGAUAUUAAGCCUUUUACGCCUCGUGCAAUUACAGGUUUUUGUAUGCGAAAUCACAUAUAAAAAUUAGACAAGCUUAAUAUAUUUUUCUGGUUUGGAUUUAUCUCUAUUCUACAUAUCAAAUACAAGUCGAUGUACAGGUCCGGUACGAAUAGCCACUAGGUAUAAUGUAAGAAAAAUAAAUAAAGAUAACUUACAUUAUAUCAACAUUUGGGAUCAAAAGGUGCAAAAUUCUGUGUUUUUUGAAGCAUUUCUACCGAUCAUUUGAAUAGUAAAUGUAUGGAAUCAAAUGUCGCGCGUGACAUCACGAUCCCCCGAACAGUUCGGGUGGUACGCUUGUAAUACACGUCUUUUGUUUGCAAAGAGCAAAACCACUCGAAUUAAAAAGUAAUUAAAUUCGCUAUAAAUAUUUAAGCUUCAAUUUGUGUCUGCAAAAACAACAAGGUGAUACAAUGCAGUCUUCGCUGUUGAUGUCAUGUCACGCGACCUUUUGGCGGUUAAAAGCAAACGAACAACCAACGGCAAUAUUCACAAAACAUUUCAGUCAGCUUAUAUCCAGUAUUUAUAUUUCUAAUGUUAGUCGUAGAUAUCUGUCUCCUCUCAGGCUAUUCUCCUAACAAGCCUAAACAAAAAUUUGAGGCGAAAUAGCGAGGUUAUCGAGAUUUCAAAGCUAAACACCAAACAAUGCGCUUUUGAUAUCGCAUCGCGCUCUCCCACAGUAGGAAAACCGCUCAAGGUGUUGCAGUACGGUAAAACAAUACUUCAGAAGCCUCAAGAAAUCUAGGGCCAGACUAUAGCUUUAACAUAAAACUCAGAAAUUACGGAAAGUAUACUCACCUCGAAAUGCGAAAUGCGCCGUCGUAAUCUUUGAACAUGUUUGAAUGCAUGGUUUUUGCUCUCUUCUUAGCAGUCAUUUGGAGCCUCCAUCAUCCUUGGCUCUAACAAUCGGCCCUACAUCCUUGUUAACUUGAAAUCAAUGAAGACUUUGAGUUAAAAUCUUCAAAUUUACGGCGCUUAAUUUUAGUACAACCUUCGUGGAGGACGGUUGGAACAAAAGAUGAAUACAAACGGUAUUCAAGUGUCUUUAUCGGCAACAUCAUCGAUCCUGAUUGCACGAAAAUUCGCGCCCUGUCACUUAAGCUCCUGGUCACGGACUAAUGAUACGUGAUCUUUGGAUCUGCUGCGGCUUUUGACUCAGUCACGUAAUUUAUGUUGCUGUAAAUUUCCUCUUCGAGAACACGCGGAAAAGGAACAUGGUCUGAAUUAAAUCGAUAGUACGAAUACAAUGGACAAUGAAGAAAAAAAAAGAAAAGAAAAGAAGAAGAAGAAAGAAAACAUAGUGUUACAUUUCUCAGGAAAGAUAGAAACCCGCACAAAUGACAGUCCUGUCACUGGAGUGAUGCAUGUUAGCGGUUUAGGUCAUUUCAUUAAUUUAGCUAAAACACCUUGCAAUUUACACAUGUAUACAAAUGCAGUUGCGUGAAUUUCGUACGAUAUAUCUGAAAUGAGACCUUAGACUGCAGCUGAAGUAUAUACCUGCUACAUGUACAACUAGCGGCUCAGAUAACUUAUUCACGCGAUGAAGAUUUUCUUGCUUCGAUACCUUUUUUUUUAAAAAGAGAGUGGGUGUUUUAUUCUAUAAACGUAUAAGUGCACAUGUGAGUGCAUAAUUACCUCCGCUGUGGUAUACAUUUACUCUGUAAGUAAAUGUUAAAAAUACCUAUUGUUUCAGCCUAAACGUGGUGUAAAAAUACUCAAAAUAACGAGUAUCACUACACCAUAAUUUCUGUGUAGUGUUUUACACCAUAAAAAGUGUCACUUUAUAAUUUUUCUUUUCUAACAAUACACUUCAAUUUUAACACUUUUAGUUGGUGUUAAAGUACCCGAAAAAACGAGUAACAGAACACUACAAAUUGUGUAAUAUUACUCUGUGUUAUUAGUAUACUCUAACACCGAUAGGUGUGUUUAAUUCUAUAAGUUUAUUAGUGUAAAAUUACCUUUACUAUGGUAUACAUUUACGCUGUAAAAACGGGUAAAAUGUACACCGUGCCCUGCGUGUAAUGUUACAAUAAAAAAAAAUUGUAAAAGUAUACCUUUAACUGUGUAAUAUUAUCAUGUUAAGAGUUCCAGCUCUUCUACACUAAAGUUUGCGUAAAAUUACCCGACAUAAAGCGUAACACAACACUGAAAAUUCUGUGUAACGCUUUACUCGUUAAAAAGUGUAAUAUUACAAAUUUUCCUUUGUCACAUUACACUUUAAUUUUAAGUGUGACUAUGGUACAUAAAGUACUUGGGAGUUUAUAUAGAUAAACAUCUCAAUUGGCAACCUCAUAUACAACACGUAAAUAAUAAAUUAGCUAAAAAUUUAGGAAUCCUUUCAAAACUAAGAUGUUACAUAGAUCUGAAUAUACUGAAACAAAUUUAUUAUGCUUUAAUGUAUCCUUAUUUGCGUUACGGUAAUUUUGCUUGGGGAUGUGCCACCAAAACCAGAUUAGAUUGUCUUCGUAUUAAGCAUAACAAAUGUCUCCGCACCAUCUUCUUUGUACAUCCUAGAGAGAGUGCUGCUCACUAUUUCAAAAUCCUAACAAUCCUUAAAUUAGAUAAUAUAUAUAAAUUAAAAAUAUGUUGCUAUAUACAUAGAAUGCGAAAUGAAACUGAUAGCAUUCCAGAUAUUUUCCUUGAUGUCCUGACCCCAGCAUCGCGUAUACACAAUCAUAAUACAAGAUUUGUCAGUAAUCUGAAUUAUUUUAGACCAAGAGUAUCCACCAACUUAGGUAAGACGUCCUUUAAAUCCUCCGCUCCAAAACUUUGGGAGACUGUACCGCCUGGUCUCAAGUGUCUGUUGUAUCAUAAGUUUAAGAAAGAAUGGAAGUCCUAUCUCCUAAGCAACUAAAUCUGACCUUGCUUAUAUGUUCUAUCACUGACAUUUUCUGAGAUUUUAUUCCUCUCUUUACUGCGGCCGAUUAUUUGAACGUGAGGGUGUCCAACAAGAAAGCUCUUGCUACUUUGGACACUGUACAGACAAGUGAACUUAAUGUCUUUUAGUUAAUUAUUAUUUGUCAGCUAGUUUAUUUUCCUAUCUACGUACACUUAUGUAAAUAUCUUAUAUAGUGUGAAAUAAAGAAUUGAAUUGAAUUGGAUUACUAGACUUUCAGCUAGGAAAUCUGAACAGGUGAAAAAUUUUUAGGGGAUAAAAAUAUGCCUAUAUCUGCCGUUUAAAUACUAAAAUACGUUCAACAAUGCUAUGUUUAAGUGGUUUUGAACUAUAUUCUCGUUGGGUGCCCCUUAACUUUGUCAGUGAAUCAAAGGAAUGUGUAUUGCGAAGAGGGAAGAAGCUGGAAAAUAAUAUAUCAGGCUGACAACUUAUGAUCAUGAGUGAUCCGUUUCUUUUUCUCUUUACUUUUCUGUUAAGUUUUUAUUCCACUGUUAUUUUGAUCAGGUUGACUUGCACGCUAGUAACCCCACAACAGAGGCAACAUACAGCACAACCAUCUUUGCGGGAAAAACGCCAGACGAUGCCAUUCCAACCACGGUAGUUUGCCGUUUUGGUCCCUUUGAUGGUAAGUACAGUCGACUCCAGAUAACUCGAAUCCUCGCUAACUCGAACCUCGCACUAACUCGAUCCAAAAUCGAUUUCCCCUGGAUUUCCUUCAUACAUUUACUGUCGUUUUACCCUCGGUAACUCGAACCCUCGAUAACUCGAACCCUCGAUAACUCGAACCUCCCGCUAACUCGAAGUAAUUUUUGUUUUCUAUACCAGUAAUAGUUGACACUACAGCUGCCCCCGCUCUGUAUAUAUCUGUAUAUCUCUUCUUAUGAAUUCUUCUGAUUAUUUAAUUAACUGUCAAUUAGUUUCAUUUAUCUUGCAAUGCUUUGAAUUAAGAACCAAAUUAAUAUCAAUGAAUGAAUGAAUGAGAACUGUAACGUUUUGUAAUCUUUUGCACGUACUAAUUAGUUGAAUUAGUACUUAAAUUUAGACUAAUAACUUUUGCAAUACUGUAAUUCCUUUAUGGUCACGCAAAUAAAGCUUUUGGUGUUGUUGUUGUUGUAUAUUGUCGGUCAAUAGUAUUCUUGCUCGUUGUGUAGCUCUUUGAAAUAUACUGAUUCAUAAUGAAGAUUUUCACACAUAUUCCAUACAAUAGGUGAGAUAAAUACAGGAAACGCAAGGUUCCAUGCACAGUUACAGUUCGAUUUACACAGCUUCGAUCAAACAUUCUCAGUUUCGAGAAUAGUUUAUUCUAAACCAUAAGGAAAUAUUUAAUAAGAAGUUGAAUUUUUCGCUAUUUCUUUUCCACUUUUUACAUUCAGUUCAUUUUAUUUGCGCGCCGGAAAGGCCAUGUCCAUAAAACGUUUCUUUUCUCAUCGCCCUCCCUCUCGUGAAGGUGGGUCGGUCGGUCGGGCAAAAAAAAAAAUAAAAAUAAGAAUGAACGCAUGAUUGCAUAUUGAAUCUCACGUUUAGUCUGCAAGAUAUAAUCACAUGGUAAAAUAUGUAUAUUAACAGGACUAUCAGAUGUCUAGAUAGGCUACAAAAACGAAGUAUCGAUGAUAAUUUAAGACAAUUGGUGUUAAUAAGGCAAGAUCGUGUGCUUGUAAAUUUUAAAAAGUACUUGCUUCUUUACAAGUGAUUCUGGAAUUUUUUUUUCUUUUUUACUUUUCCAAAAAAAUGGGUCGGUCGGGCGAUGGGAAACGAAACAUUUUAUAGCAAUGGCCAAAGUAAGCCUUAGAAAUUAAAAGGACGUUUGAUCAACUACGCUCGCGCAUUCUAACGGAAGGAAAUCUGUGAGCAGGGAAUACUGGUCAGCACAGAAUUUGAUUGUCGGCGAAUUUCUGUAAUCGUCCAUCGUUCUGCUAGUGAUAAGCUAGGAGUUGUUCACUCGUCGCCGGCUUGUUUGGGGCUGAGUCUUAAUCCGGUCAAAGAGAGAAAAAGAGUGUCUGGCAAGGUUUCCAAUCAAAGAUUUGUGAACUCGUGUCUGACAAACUCUGCAAGUGUUUAUAUAUACACAGUUAUACGCACCUUAUAACUUGAUCUGCGCUUAACGAGUGUCUUUUGGUCCAUAACUUUCAAAACAACUGCUCCACAGUAUGUCACUGAUAACACGUAACCGCGCAAAAGAGUAUAGAAGUAUUUGACUGCACAAUAAAUGUCACAAAAUCUACCUAAGCGGUCCCUUCGAGAUUUUCUGUCUUAACGUCAUCCUAGUAGCCAUUUCGUACUUGCGGCCUCUGUUCAAGCAAAUCGAUAUUUUUCCUGGCAUACUGACUGUACAGUAAAAACCCACGAGUAAGAACCUGCAUUUUCCAGCGUUAGCCUAAACAGGUUCUUACAUAAAUGAUAGUUAACAUAAAUUUAGGCUAUCUAGGUUCUUAAUAGGUUCUUAAUUUCUUGCAAAAAAAUAUGUCGUUGCUAAGAAGAUUUAAGUGAUCAGCACCCUUAAAUUUACAUACCUAACAUUAGAAUUGACAUGUAGCAACUACUCAUCCAGAUUGAUCAUACAUUUAUUAUACCAUUUCUCUUUAAGUAAAUAUUUUUAAAUGAUUUUUGAAAAUAAGAACCUUUCUCCAAAUUUUAGGCUUAAGAGGUCCUUAUGUAGAGGGGGUCUAAAUUGCAAAUUUUAGCCUAACAGGUUCUUAAAUCUUAGGUUCUUACUCGUGGGUUUUUAAUGCAUAUUUCAACUGUACGUACAUUCCUUAAUAUACGCGCGAGUUACUAGAGUGUCUCAUCGGGAUUUCCCCCUCUGGUCGAAAUCCCUGCGGAGACAAUAAAUUUACCCUUGAUAACUCGAACCAUGUUUUGAGCCCUUAUAAAGUCGGGAAAAAAAAACAGUGUACUGACGUCCGAAACAUUGAAUUUUGAAUUUUCCAAUGACGAGUACAUGUUGUAGGCAUAUAGCUUACAAGUGGAGGUUAAUGUUGUUUGUCACAACUGAUCUUACCGGAAACAGCUUCGCUUCUCAAAACAGUUAAACGCAUGCUCCAUUUGCGCUCUGUUUUGUCAUGUUACGUUCUGAUUUAUAGUCUAGAAGCAUCGUUCCAUUUUUACUUCAGUGAUAUUUCUACAGUGAAAUGUGAUUAAAAUGUUCACUACAGUAAAAACUGGUUUCUCCCUUACUUCCGGCUAUUUGUUUCGAGCUCCCGAUAACUCGAACUUUUUUCGAUUUCCCUUGAAGGUUCGAGUUAUCGGGAAUCGACUGUAUGAUGUAACUAGAUGUACUAAUGAGCAUCUUCAAAACUAUAAAAGCACAGGUGAUUAGUCAUGAAUUAGUGCUUUCAAGUGGAGUUUUAAUGCAGCUAAUUAUGUACGGCUGUACAGUCAACUCUCUCUAAGACGGACACCUUUGGGACCGGCACUAGCUGUCCGUCUUAAAGAGAUGUCCGUCUCGUAGAAAGUCAAAUAGAGGGAGCAAAGAAAGGCAGGAACCAACUCUAGGUGUCCGUUUUACAGAGGUGUCCGUCUUAAAGAGAUGUCCGUCUUAUAGAAAGUCAAAUAGAGGGAGCUAAUUAAAGCAGGGGCCAACUCUAGGUGUCCGUUUUACAGAUUUGUCCCUCUUAUAGAGGUGUCCGUUAAGAGAGAGUCGACUGUAUACAGCUUCACAACUUGACGCAAAAUGGAACGAUCACGGAUCAUUUCAAAGAAGCAUCGUGAAAAGGCUCAGUAUAAAGCGUCAGCAUUGAAUUCACGUUACUUUGUCAGUGACUUGUGGUAUGUUUGAUUUUCCCGCGCUCGGUCAUGGCACUCGCGGAACGAAUUUUAAAAACAGGUUCUAUUAGUUUAUUGCCGUAUGAUAAGGCCAGAUAUUUUUAGGCCAUAAUCAAACUAUACCCGGAUAUCUUUUCGUGCCGGCACGAAAACCUAGUAUAAACACCUAUCUGGUAUGUGACUUUUCAUUUUCGAAAUCGACGCAGCACAGCUUCGUUUCGUUACAGAAAUCGCGCCGAGCUGAUCACCGUUGUUAUGUGUGAACAGAAGCCAUAUCCCGGCGGUAUGGUUUUCGUGCCGGAGCUAAAGACUAUUUGGUACAUAGCCUUCAUGUGAAAUUCUCCUUUAUGGCUGACAAUGCCUUUGGCGUUUGUGCCAUCCGCUUAUGCAGGGCGCAGGUAUUGCCAACAAAAUACAGAAACAUCAAAAAUACUCCACCAUCACGGAGCUCAGUCAGAAGAAAACAGGACAUUGUAUAUUGCUAAAACUUUCCUUUAAUUUGAUACCUUUCUUCUUUUCCGCUUCAUACAGAUAAAUCAGAUUUUUCCAAGGUUCUGAUUGCUAUGGCAGUUUGUGCACUGGUAUUUUUCCUAAUCGUUAUCGCCACCUUUUACUACUUGUGCAAGAAGAAAAAGGUAACCGCUGGCCAAGUGAAACCUUCCAAGCCUCCUUCCUAUGAAGAGGCUACUUCGAUCAAGAACAAGGUUCCAUUGCAGCCACUGAUCAAUGAAGUGUAG